UGCGAUUCACGUCACCGGAGUGAGUUGACGGAAGUCGUAUACUGUGUCUUCCGGUUGCUGAGCGUGCCCUGGCGGGAAGAGCGGGAGUACCGGCACCGGUGGGCACGUGAUAUCAUGGCUGACACGUUGGAGUUUAACGACAUUUACCAGGAGGUGAAAGGGUCAAUGAAUGAUGGACGGCUGCGUUUAUCCAAGACUGGCCUCAUGUAUAAGAACAGCAAGACGGGGAAAGUAGAAAACAUUGCAGCUGCUGACCUGUCAGAGGGUGUAUGGCGACGUGUUGCCCUAGGUUAUGGCAUCAAGUUGUUAACCAGUGCAGGCCAUGUGUACAAAUAUGAUGGUUUCCGGGAGGCAGAAUAUGAGAAGCUAUCUGAUUACUUCAAGACUCACUUUCGGGUGGAUCUGGUAGAAAAGGACCUCUGUGUGAAAGGAUGGAACUGGGGUAGUGUGAGGUUUGGAGGACAGCUGCUCUCAUUCGAUUUGGGAGAUCAGCCGGCAUUUGAGCUCCCUCUCAGUAAUGUCUCUCAGUGCACCACUGGAAAGAAUGAAGUAACGCUGGAAUUCCACCAGAAUGAUGACUCUGAGGUAUCUCUCAUGGAGAUACGCUUCUAUGUCCCUCCAACGCAGGAUGAUGGAGGGGACUCCGCAGAGGCUUUUGCACAAAAUGUCUUAUCUAAGGCAGAUGUGAUCCAGGCAACAGGUGAUGCAGUUUGCAUAUUCCGAGAGCUGCAGUGCCUUACUCCACGUGGUCGUUAUGACAUACGCAUAUACCCCUCCUUCCUACACCUUCACGGGAAAACUUUUGACUAUAAAAUUCCAUACACAACUGUACUGCGUCUCUUCUUACUGCCACACAAGGACCAAAGACAGAUGUUUUUUGUGAUCAGCCUGGAUCCUCCAAUUAAGCAGGGGCAAACCCGUUACCACUUCUUAAUCCUGCUUUUCGCAAAAGAUGAGGACAUAACGUUGACCCUCAACAUGAGCGAAGAAGAAGUUGAAAAGCGUUUUGAAGGAAAACUAAAGAAGGACAUGUCCGGCUGUUUGUACGAGAUGGUUAGUCGUGUCAUGAAGGCCCUUGUAAACCGCAAGAUCACAGUUCCUGGAAAUUUCCAAGGACACUCUGGAGCACAGUGUAUCACAUGCUCUUACAAAGCCAGCUCAGGACUACUGUAUCCUCUGGAACGUGGCUUCAUAUAUGUCCAUAAACCACCUGUCCACAUCCGCUUUGAUGAAGUCAACUGUGUCAACUUUGCACGUGGUACCACAACAACGCGUUCCUUUGACUUUGAAAUCGAGACAAAGCAAGGAGCACAGUAUACGUUUAGCAGCAUUGAAAGGGAGGAAUACGGGAAACUCUUUGACUUUGUGAAUGCCAAGAAACUGAACAUCAAAAAUAGAGGCCUGAAAGAGGGUAUGAAGAAGCCAUAUGAUGACUAUGCCGAUUCUGAUGAUGAACAGCAGCAUGAUGCUUAUUUGGAAAGAAUGAAAGAGGAAGGGAAAAUUCGGGAGAACGCAGAUAGCGAUGACUCCGGAGAUGAAACUGAUGAAUCCUUUAAUCCUGGAGAAGAGGAAGAUGAAGUUGCAGAAGAAUUUGACAGUAACCCCUCAAACAGCUCAUCCAGUGCUGGUAGUGAUGAUGAUGAGGGGGAGAAAAAGAAGAAAGCCAAGAAAGCUAAAAUUGUUAAAGAGCGCAAACCACGCAAGAAAGCAAAGGAGGGUAAAAAAGUGAAAGACCCAGCUGCUCCCAAACGCCCUAUGUCUGCAUACAUGUUGUGGCUGAAUGCAAGUCGUGAAAAAAUAAAAAGUGAGAAUCCAGGGAUCAGCAUUAUUGACCUGUCCAAGAAAGCUGGAGAGAUCUGGAAGGGCAUGACCAAGGACAAGAAGGAGGAAUGGGACCGUAAAGCAGAGGAGGCCAAGCGCGAUUAUGAGAAAGCAAUGAAAGAAUACAAUGAGAACGCAUCAUCUGAAGCCCCCAAAAAGGAAAAGAAAUCGAAAAAGGAGAAGCCCUCAGGAAAGGCUGAGAAGACCUCUGGAAAGUCGGAGAAGAGGAAAUCUGUAAAACCAGCAUCUCCUGUUAGAACACCAGUUAAGACGAACACAGUUAAGAGCAAAGAGUUUGUGUCCAGUGAUGAGAGUAGUUCUGAUGAAAGCACACACAAGAAGGGAUCAGACGAAGAGAUGGCCAGUACUCCUGCUAGUUCCAAUGAAUCCGGCUCUGACUAGACAGCCAUGAUAAACUUGUCAAAUAGUGUUGGGGGAGUUGAGAUAUUGUAAAUUUCUGUGCAUCACGGAAGCAUGUUCCCCAUGUAUGCUUGCUCAUUUGCUGUUUUGUAAUAAAAUGUUUUCUGUUG